AGGUGAAACAAGUAGAAGAGUACAUGGCGUACCGCAAGUUGCCGCGCGAAAUGCGUCAACGUAUUACCGAGUACUUCGAGCACCGAUACCAGGGGAAGUUCUUCGACGAGGAGUGCAUCCUGGGCGAAUUGUCGGAGAAACUGAGAGAAGACGUGAUCAACUACAACUGCCGGUCGCUGGUCGCGUCUGUGCCGUUCUUCGCGAACGCGGAUUCAAAUUUCGUAUCGGAUGUUGUAACUAAGCUGAAGUAUGAAGUCUUCCAACCUGGUGAUAUAAUAAUAAAGGAAGGCACGAUCGGCUCUAAAAUGUACUUCAUCCAAGAGGGCAUAGUCGACAUCGUAAUGGCGAACGGCGAGGUCGCGACCUCGCUCAGCGACGGCAGCUACUUCGGAGAGAUCUGCCUGCUGACGAACGCGCGCCGGGUGGCGUCCGUGAGGGCGGAGACCUACUGUAAUCUCUUCUCGCUGUCAGUGGAUCACUUCAAUGCGGUACUCGACCAGUACCCGCUGAUGCGCAGGACGAUGGAGUCGGUGGCCGCCGAGAGGUUGAACAAGAUCGGCAAGAACCCGAAUCUGCUGUCGCACAGAGAGGAAGAUCUCGGCAGUGAAAGCAAAACGAUCAACGCUGUUGUGAACGCACUCGCCGCGGAAGCGGAUCAUGUCAACAUGUCGGACGAAUCGGUAGCUAGGCUGGCUACCAGCGGCAGUCUCAACGAUUUGGGCUGGAACCUCCAAAAACUGAACCUGCCCCGUCCGAAGUCUGAGAGCAACUUCGCCAGCCACCACGACAUGCCGGGCGCGGACAGAUCGCACCGGGAUCGCCACCACCAAGACGACAUCAACUCCUUAAGCAAAUCUGAUGCCGCCUUCCGGGCUGCGGAGGCGGCGACCAAGAGGACCGGAGGCAGCGGGGCGGGUUCCGGAAACGGACCGCCCCAAUGACGGCACAGCACGCACUAGUGCUCGGCGCUGGCGGAACGACUACGCAGGCAACCGCCCGCGUUUGCAGUUGCGACAGCCGCCCUCGCGAUCCGCACCGCGGCCCAAGAGGACGAAACGGAGCGAGCCGGCGAGGAAGCGGAACACUCGCAAGAGCAAUCGUCGGACCGCCGAUGCGCCGAGAACUAGUGCGUGAACACACCUUUAUUGUUGUGAUCAAGGACAUUUCCAUUAUUGUGGACUAUGUUACGAAAAGAAUGGACGGUAUAGUAUACGCAAUCUCAUCAAAUCAACAGUUCUGCUGUUUUAUUAAGAAAGGACACAUUAAGAAAAUGACAUCGUAUUAAUGUGUCAAUUCUUCUAUAAUGUUCAAUUCCUUACCUAUAUUCUCGAAGUAUAUCUGGAUUCUUGUCAUAAAAACUUCGCAGCAAACGGUGUGGACUUCAUAAUAUUAUAAUAAGUAUAAAGAAACAUGUUAACACAGAGGUAAAAAUAACCAAAAUACAACUGUUUUAAAACAGAUGUAAGUAGCUGACAGCAGACACAUAGAUGGGAUGUUAAAUAAGCUGGAAUAAUUAAUUCAGAUGUAAUGUGAACAGUAUGCUUCUCGUGUAGAUAUAUUUUGAUUAUAAAGACGAUUCUACCUGAAUUAACUACGUUUAGCAAUAUAUUACGAGCGUACAACGGACCCAUGAUUCUGUAUUACUAUAUACCGACACCGACAGCCUAAUACAUAUAUACUGAUCAAAAUUGUAACGUAUUUUUUUAGUAGCCCAACAUGUACAAGAGAGUUUGUAAUCACCCUAAAGCAUGAUCCAUCCGAGAAAUAACUGUUGGACAUCCUGUUAAUGAUCGCUUGUGUCAAUUCUUACCGUCAAAUCUUCUGUUAUGUUCAAUUCACGUAUUCUGAAGUACAUACAGUGAACUUCACGUAGGCGUGAACUCUCGCAACAUAUCUGGAAGCUUGGCACUAAAUCAUAUGGGCUUCAUAAAUUUACAAAAUGAGGUAAAUGUUUUAAAAUAUGUAUUUAGCUUUGAUUCAUAUUAAACAGAUAUAUGGGCAUGAAAAACCUUUUCAAGCUCAGACAUAGAGAAGUGGACAUGUUCAUCAUGUAGACGUUAUGAUGAUUAUGAAAGACGUAUCUAACUUUGAAAGCCCGGAAUGAACUAAUUUUAGCAACAAAUUUAGAUAAUACACCGGGCUCCAUGAUUGUAUAUUACUAUAUAGUGACACCGAUAGCCUAAUAUAUUGAUAAAAAUUGUAAUGCAUUUUUUCAGUAGGCCAUCAUGUACAAGAGAGUUUGUAAUCACCCUAAAGCAUGAUCCAUCCGAGAAAUACAUGUUGGGCAUCCUAUUAAUGAUCGCUUGUGUCAAUUCUUACCGUCAAAUCUUCUGUUAUGUACCUCAAAGGUAUAUUCCCAUUGUGAAAUUUGUCUAUACAUUGUUGAAAUUCCAGAUAUCCUUGUUUAAAAAAGAAUGAUACGCCGUGUAUGAAAGUUGUUGAUAUGAACAACAAUUUUACUUCUGUCUCAACUUGAUUCUUAUAACGAUUUAAUGAUUCCACUAGCCACAUAGAUGAAAUUGAUUUCAAUAUUAUACGACUUGAACCAUACAGAUGGAAUUGCGAAUACUAUACAGUUCACGCUGUUAGAUAUAAUAAACACUGUAGCCAAAUCUGCUAAAAGCAAUAUGUGCUAAUGGACACUGCGCUAGAAUACUGUGCAAUAGUAGAAGAAAUUAGCUUUAAAAACUUUAGGUGCUCAAUGAAUUCGUGAAAUAUACGAACCCGGUUUUUGGAAGUUUCACGGUUGUAUACUUAAAUAUAGCCAAGUACGCAGGCUAAGAAUAUAUUUGAAUUCUUGGAUGUCUUCAUGUAGCCCCGUCAGAGUUCUACGGAGCAUUGUCUCAACUCAAUAUUUUUCAACGUUUAUAAACAUUUAUUCUUUCGGUUAGAUACGAGGAUGAUAUUACUAUUACUGUUUCAUUCUGACGCGUUCGGCAAUAUUGAGAUACAACGUUGCAAAUAUGUUCGCAACCCUGUGUGUGAUAAGUGUAAAUGCUUGAGACGCUAUUUCCAUUACAAUUUGUAUAUAAUGCAUUUAUUGACACGAGACACGUACUGAUCUUUGAAAAAGCAGUCAAUAUUAGUAAAACAAUAUUGUUUGCCAUGUUGGCGUUCUUUUUAGAGUUGAUUUCGAUUUUCCAGCAUUCUCAGUGAUAGUAUUUCCAAAAUAUGAAGCUUACGUUUACAUGAAAAUAAAUUAUAAAUCUAAUGUUCGAUAGAUCAUCAUGCUGAUGCUGCUUUAACAUUGUCAAUUAUUUUUCCCUUCUGCGUGUGAACAGGUGAUCUCAAAAUAUCAUUUCCAGACAAUAUAUAUAUUUAUAUAUAUAUAUAUAUAAUAAAACAAUGCUACAAAUUUAUCAGUUUAUCGCAAUUGAUUGUCAUUAUUUUUAUUUAAUGAAUUAAAAAUUGAUAGUAUAUUUUGGAAAUGCUAUACGAUUUGCACACAUUCACUGUACAUAACCAAAUGCUGUAAACAAAACAACACUGCGUACAAAUUGUCAUAACAAUACAACAUAACAGAAAUUGAUAGUCAUACUUGAUAUUUUGAAAACAAAACUGAAUAGAAAAAGAAAUUAUAGUUGUAAUAAUAUUUUUGUAAAAGCCAAAGGAGAUUGCUUUUUUAAUAUCAAAAUUUCAUGCCUGUACUAUUUAAAUUUUCCAAGCUAGUUGAUAGUCGCUUGAUUUUUUAUAAUAAACAUAUCAUCUUCGAGAAGAAAUGAUAGAUGCUAUCACCAAGUCAGGUGUCAAAUUUUUGAAAGUAUGUGAAUAAUUUUUCCGUUUCGCUUUCUGAUUUCCGUAGACAAGUGUCAUGGGAUUACUUUCACCUUAGAAAAAUAAAUUUAUAUAACAUUACGGAUCUAGUAACCUCGCAAAGGCAAUGCUAAAUUGGUAAUUUAGCAUGAAAAUAAAAUCUUUAAAUGACAUACCGUUAUUGUUUCUAAGGAUUGCACCAAGUCGCUAUUAAAAUCCAAAGUACGGAAGUUGUUCUAAAAAUGAACAUCACAUCAAUAGACUAUCAAUUAGCUAAGUGAGAUGAAAUGUUUUCUUUUCGCUACCAUUAAAAAAACCAAGAACCGCGGUUUACUGACACACAUUAUAAAAUAAGAGCAAGCUCUAAGUGAUAUUAAUCUGCAAACAACUUAAAUUAGCGCACAUUUUCCAAAUUAGGAGAUAAGCAAGAAAAGUAGGCCUAAGGUUAGGACAGGAUGCUAAUUUAAAAGUUUGCAGCAACCUUCAAUGUUUCGAUACUAACUGCUUGGUGACCAAAUAGGAUUCUAUUCCAGUGAAAAUGGAUAUGACAUUAUUGUAGCUGACAAUGAAAAAAUGCAGGAGAAAUGUUAAAUGAUCGACACUAGUUAUGUUCUGUGUCGGCUACUGGACAACAUGGCCUAUUUUCAUUUUGAGCAUGAUCUCUAUCCUUGUAUAAAAAACGUUUCGUCCAAAUUCCACUAUUUAUCAGAUACUUUACACGGCUGUAAAACUACAAUUUGCUUGUCAAGUACUUGUGUUUAGCUCAUGAUUUUCUGUUUGUGUUUUUGCUCCAUGUAAGCAGAUGUACAUUUUAGAUGUUAUAGAAAUGUAUGACUCAAAUUAUUCUGGUAAUAUUUUUAGUUAGUCUGAGAAUAAAGCAGUGGGUCUCUUCACAUUAGCUGUGAUUUACAAUACAGAUAUGUAUUAUUAUUAACAAAAUGGUCUACAUCUCGAUUAUGUGAAAGAGUAGCAAGAUGCUACCUCAAGGUAAAAUUACGUAAGUAUAAGGUCUUUGAAAAAUUGUACACUAAAAUGGUGAUCAAGUACUUUGCACGUCGUACUGUGCGAGGUUAAGGGUAUUCAUGAAGUUAGUAAGAUUAGUGUUGAAGUAUUUUGUAGAGUAAAUGCGAAAAUUGUAUUUCGACAUUUGUCGUUAUCGUAUCAAUUUCGGAGCAAUCAGGUGGAAUUGUUUUAGCGUUCACAGUAGAAAUAGAAUCACGAAGAUGUGUUUAGGUAUCUAGUCCGGGUGAUAUCUUUCCAUCUGAGGAGCAAAUAUUCUUAGUCGGACUUCUUGCAUAGUCACUUUUAAGAAAGGCCCCUUUUAACACAUAUAUGUAACCAGGCCCAACUUUGCAGUAUAACAUUUUUGAAUAAUGUUUUCAAACAAAAUGCAAUAAUUGUUUUUUCAGCUCCAGUGUUUUUAGACUUUCGAAGACAUUUUGCCUUAAAAUUUUACUCUAAAGCUGAUACUUUUCGACAUAUAGGUGACACGAUAUUUUAAAAAGUGCGAACUGCGUUAUUUUCGACCCCGAAAAACAGUAUGAAAAAAACAAAAUUUCAAAGUUGUCAUUAUUCCUAAAUAUCCAUUAAUAAAAUCCCAAAGCAUCUGAGAAGGCUUUGUUAUUGUAAACCUUUGUUUUUAAAUUACACUGACCAACAUUUUGAAACUAAUUUUUCCUUCUUGGAAUGAUUUUGGCAGGAUUUUAUAUAUGUUGGUCUGGAUUUGGCCUCAAAUUUUCGAUAUCAGCCUUCAAUGAUGAGGGACGGACAUACGAUAUUAAGAGAAAAUCAAUAAAAAAACCCUUUAACGCCGAUUUAUUAAACUUGAGCAAUUAAAAACUUAUAUACAAUAAAUUUAGUAUUAAUUACAUUAACGUCUUUCUUUUAUAAGCACUCCGUUCAAAGAGGUCCUUUUUGAAUAAUAUGCAAAAAACCCGAAUCAGAAUCUUAUUUCUAUCAGAUGCAAGCAUAUUUCUUGGACUAUGAUAUCAAUUUUAACAACUUUUGUCACGACUUCAUUAUGUUCUGAAAAAAAUUAAACGCUGUUGUCUAUAAUUUUCAGAAACUAUCCAUACAGAUUGGUAACAUCUAGGUAUUAUUAAAGCAAGCAAUUACGGAAUUUAAACUAAAAAUAAGGGCAUAUUUGGAUACAAUUACAAACCUGUUACGAGUACUUAGAAAAAGUAUGAUCACCAAUUUCAAUACUGUACUAAACUCCGCCUUGAGAUAAGCCAACCAACACUAUGACUAAUUUUGAAAAAAUGACUUUACAUGAGACCAUUUCAAUGCGAGUGUUUACAGACCAGCAUAAAUAGAGAAAUGUAUUAAGAUCUUUAGGUGAACUAGUAAAUGGAGGAAUGCAUUUUAUUGACAAGUAUUUGACAGCCACGAAGAAUUCCCCUGGAGCAGUAUUACAUUAUUUAUUUUUUUAUAUAGUUAAAUCAAUACUAGGCAAAAUGAAUCUUCGUCUAUAAAUAGUAGGUAUAUAUUAUGACAAUUGUGAUGAGUAUUUGCAAAAAAUUAAUUACAUAUUCAUAGGUACCUAUCGCAGAUCGAGGUGAGAGUGUUCAGUUUGUUUUUGGUUCUUAGAAAAGUAGAGGCACACCUGUAGUAUUCUACAAAAUGCAUAUCAGUAAAAAGAAGUUCAUAGUGAGUGACUGAGGUUUGAAGCAGUCACUGCGACAAAAAGGGGAUUACAACAAUGUAUGGCGAUGCAAAAUAUAAUCACACGAUAGGAAGUUAAGGUCGGAUAAAAUUUAUAAAAGGGGAUUAUUUCUGAAUUAUAAAAUAUAUUCCAUUCUAAUAGACUAAUUCCACAAAAGUUUUGUUUUUUGCAAAUAUAUCAUCACAAAAAAAAUCACACGAAGCAUUCCUGCACGUACACAAUGACCGAUAUAAAAAAUCAAAAGUAAUACAAAUUCAGAAAAAUCGUAGUGCAAUUAAACAGUUAGUCGUUUACCAUUUUAUGAACAGUUAUCGGUAACGACUAGUGAUAUUUGUUUUAAAUACUGUACAGUGAUUUUUUAAACUACGUAGUUGACUGAGAUAUCAAUAGCUAUUAUAUGUUAACGGGUAGGUGUGGUCACUAUGCAAGACUGCAAAUUGCAAAAUCACAAAAUAUGAACAGCAGAAAGCGUUGAAAGGAAAGAUAUGCUUUUAGACAUCUAUCUUAAAGAAAUACCACAGCUUUAACUGUAGACUGCAACCUAUUUUGUUAUGCCAUCCUCGUAGACAAAUCUGGCGGUUUUUUCCAAUACAAUGUUAAAAACGUAUUCCGGAUUUUAUAUAAGGAAAUCUAAGUAACCUGUUUUUUCAUCUGAAAUAGAUUUAACUUUUUUUAUAGUAUACACACAAAAAACCUUUGAUAAGCGGCAUUCGCAAGGGGGUGAUAUUUAUUUGAGCUCAACUACACCAUUCUUUUCCGAUGCUCAGCUAAAUCGUCAGAAGUUACCAGUAAAGUAUGUAAGUCAUCCCCUAUCUGACUAGCUUAUAUAAAUAUGCGCCAGAAAUUUCACGAUUUAGACUUUUUGUUUGUUGAAGAGUUAUUUGGCAUUAAUGACACAAUGUCAACUUUUAUUAAAAUUACAUCGCUAUGAAUUUUGGGUAUACAUAAGGCAAUUUGUUAAAUUCGAACACUGUCUAAAACCAUAAUCUAUUCUAUUAAAUUCAAAUAUCCCCUUUUGAAGUACAGAUUUGCUAGUUAAGUUACUAUUACAAUUUUGCGGAUAAACAUCUAUACGGCCUCUAGUUUCGUAGACAUGAUAAUGACUACUUAAUUUUGUGAAUUUUUCAAUAUGAGGAGGUACUAAGUAAAUCUUCUAAUGUGAAUAUGAAAAUGAGAACUAAAUAACAAAAUAAUUCACAUUCCACUGCUUUUCUGCUAAUAUAGAUUUAAUCUUAGCAUUUUUGUUUUGAUUUGAAAUGAUACUCAUAGCUUUAUUUCGCAGAAUUUGUAAUUUUGAAAAUAUAUUUUCAUUUGCUCUAAACAAAAUAGUUGAACAAUAUAAAAAUGGAGAAGAAUUAUGGUGAUAUACACAGUUUUUUAAUACGUACUGAGGUGCUGGGAAAUCCUAUAGGUAAUUUAUCUUUUCUAAUAUUUUUGAAAUAACGCUCUUGAAGCUGUAGUUUACUAUCCACAUAUAUACCCAUAUAUUUGGAUGAUUCGACUACUUUUUCAUCAUUAAUGAUGAGCCUAAUUGUAUUGUCACCUAAAUGAUUCCCUCUGUUUCCAAUUUUGUGAUAAUGCAAUAAAAUUAAAAACUGAUAAUUGUAAAAACGUGACAUAAUGUAUGGAAAGAGAACUGUUAAUUUGAAAACUCCACCUUAAGGGUAUCCCUAUUUUCACGCAGUAAGACAUGAAAUGAUUUUUUAAUCGCAGUGAAUGUUGCAUAGCACACACCUAUCUUGGCAAUGUUGCAUCUGUGAAGAAGUGAUGAUAGCGAUAAGUUUUUAUAAAUAGUUUUAUUUAUUUUAAAUAACUGCAUAAUGUAACAUACUAGGAAUAAAUAUAGAGUGAUAUUUAUAUGAAUACUAAAUGAAGGUUUUAUUUUGUUUGUCACAGAGCAACAUUAUUAGUAUGUAUUUAUAACUAUAGGUUAUAAGACAAAAAUAUCAAUUAUAUUAUCAUUUUGAGUUUAUAGGUUUCACACUCUUGCCAUGAUGAAAUCUUAGUAUAGACUGAAACGAUUAUAAUGCUUUGUUACAAUAUAAAGUGUAGGAUUAUUGAAAAUAGAAUUAUUUAGCUGGGGACCUUCGGGAAAAAAGAAGGAAAAAUGUUUUGUUAUCCUUAUCAUCCAUAAAGUCUACUGAACAGUUGAGCAUCGUGAAGGUAAAAUUUCAGACGUAGUGCCACAACAUUUACGGGAAAAGUGAAUGUUUUGCAGCGCUGUCGAUGCACACCUGAAUCUACUUUCUUUCUAUAUAUGGUAAGACAAGGAGGCAUUAAGCCUCAGAUUCAAACUGAAAUGCCAUACACUUUUCUAAAUAAACGAUUUUUUAAAAUUAUAUUGUCAUUCCGUUUCUUAUUGGAUCUAUAUACUCGAUGGGUUUGCAGUCAAAAAUAAUUCAUAUAUUCUCUAUGAAGAAAUAAGUUAGAGACUGAUGAAGAUUCAAGGUCAAUGUCAGAUACGUAGUUUGUAUGUUAUUUCAUUGCUUUGUAUGCUUCAGAAUUUUACUUUAUGUUGUACGCACAUCUGCUUGAGAACGAAGGUCCCUGCAAUUUUAGUUGUAAAAUAAUAGAUAUGUAAUCAACUAGGACUAAAAAACUUGCAGUUUCUGUGAAGUCUUGUUGUACGUUUUACCAAAAGUGCUCACGCUGUUACAUUGUUCGAAGCAAAAUACUAUACGGCUUUCGUGAACGAGAGCUUUCACAUAUAAAGAAUUACUGUAUAAUUUAUACUUAAUUUUGAUUACUUUAUUUUUAUUUCCAGUCUUCGGUUAUUUGUGUGGUUUGGAAAACGAUGUUUUGAAAUUUGACAUUCCGGUCUUUCAAGAAUGUCGCAGAAAUAUGAAUGUUGUAAAGGUGAAUAGUAUCAUUAUGUUGAGUAUAAAAUCAAUUUGACGUUGAACAUUGUUCAUAACUCAAGAGCAACAUGCAACUGGCUUUGAAACCAAGAUAUGGGAAUUUCGAUAAUACUUUAACAAAGUUAGUCUCAAUGUUUUGCAACAAUUUUGUACCGAAACAGGCCUCCACUGAUUUUAUACUGGCGUGUAUUGUCAAAAAGUUGUCGAUCCACUGUCAGGGACACCAACUGAAGAGCAGAAACCGGUAAAUCCAUUUUUUUGUAGUUCUGAGAAAAACGGCAAAUACCUCUAGAGAAAAAUCACCGUCAAAUUUAAAACUUUUUGAUAUUCCAUUUUUCAUGAGGAUUUAGCGGAUUUUGCUCAUAUCUGCAUCCAAAAACGGAUAGAGCAUAUCGAAAUUAACCGAAUUCCAUGGCUAACUCAAAAAUCGUAAAAAGUGGAUUUAUCGGUUUUUGCAUUUUUGCUCUUCAACUUACCCGAUUUUUGGUAAGAUUGACGAACACCAUGGAGCCUUUUACCAAGAGAAACUAUGGCAACGUUGUCAUGCUACAAAAACCACACCGAAACUUGAUGCCUUGAGUACCAGUGGUGCUCUGACAGGGUUGCCAUGUUGAGGGAUUUUGCCCCAAAUUUCGGGGAUUUCUACUUGUGGAAUUUUUUGUGGAUAUAAAGUUUUGGAGAAUGUCACACGUUUCGCGGAUCAAAAGCAUCCUCCGCUCUUUAAACCAAACCUACCCCACUGAUCAACUGUGAUUUGGGGAUUUUUUUUGAGAAAGUAGGGAUUUUUGUGCUUGUUCCGGCAAAAUUAUGUCCAACUCAUCUGGCAACGCUGUAAUUUGACAGAUCCGCCAUAUAAAAGCUUUCUUAGUAGUCUGGCCGAUGAAACUGCAGGUAACACACUGCUACUGCUACUAUUAUUUAUCAUUCGUAAAAAUCAAGUUUUAUAAAAAAAACAAAUACCUGCUGAUUCAAGCGAAAAGGUCUCGUACUAUGACCUCAGAUACAGUGCACAUGUCAGUAACUGGUACUCGCUACGAUCCAGGGUUGCCAGACGUACGAGAAGUCUCGUACAUCUACGAGAUUUUGAGUGUCUGUACGAGAUGCAGGAUUAUACAAACCACUAAACACCCUGUGGAAAAGUGCUAUAAUGCAUGCAAAGAUAAAGAGAUAUUGAACGAAAAGAUACAAUUGCCUUAAUGAAAGCCUACCUUAACCAUAUAAGAUCCAUACUAUUUCGGACUACUUCUACCUUCUUGUCGAUCCAAGAAAUAAAGCAUAAGAAAUUUUGAGAAUCUGUAAUGAAUAAAUUGUGUCAUAAAAGUCGUUAUCAGAAAAUUAUCUCGAAGGACGUUAAAUGGAAGUGAUUUAUGCAAAAUAAUGGAAAUGAGAAAUUUUUGCUAAGGCACAUGACUGCAGGGCUAGCCUUAGCCUUUUAUAUAAGCUCAAAGUGCGUACGGAAUUAUUAACUAAUUUCGCUUAUUUCUUGGUCGACGAACAAGCAACCAAAAAAAAGAAAAGAGAUUCAUUGGCCAACAUCUGUAAGUAAACGAAACAGUCUUGUGUUUACCGAACAAUGUUCACGUUUUGUUUGAUUGUUAAAUGGAACAAACCCCUUGUAGUUGUACUUCUGUUGUUAAGAGAAAAUACAGUGUAAAUAUACAUAAAAUGUAGAGAAGUGCCUCCUUUGAAUUGCGCGCAUCGCUAACACUCUUGGUCAACUAUUAGAUAUACAUAUAAUCUUUAUUGUUUUAAACGUUUCAACUGUUACUAUUAUUUGGUUUAUUAUGAAUAAAGCUG